GGUUACAUGGACAACUUCGUGGACCAGACCGAGUUCUGGUACGAGAAGGGCGGCGACAACAAGCGCGACGACGACAAGUGGUGGAUGCCGACGGUGAAGGUGCCGGCGGAGGGCCUGUCCGAUGUGACCCGCAAGUGGCUGCAGUACCAGAAGGAGUGCGUGAACCAGGUGCUCAAGGCCGCCAUGGCCAUCAACGCGCAGGUGCUGGUGGAGAUGGAGAUCCCAGAGAUCUACAUCGAGUCGCUCCCCAAGAAGGGCAAGACGAGCCUGGGCGACGCCAUCUACCGGAGCAUCACCGAUGAGGAGUUCGAUCCGAUCGAGUUCCUGGAAGGGGUGGACCUGUCGACGGAGCACAAGGUGCUUGAUCUCAAGAACCGCAUCGAGGCCUCCACCAUCAUCUGGAAGCGCAAGAUGCAGACAAAGGACGCCAAGUCCUCCUGGGGUUCCAUCAUCAGCUUCGAGAAGCGCGAGCAGUUCGAGGAGCGCGCCGAGACCAUCCUCCACCUCCUCAAGCUUCAGUUCCCCGGAGCCCCACAGUCACAGCUCGACAUCUCCAAGAUCCAAUACAACAGGGAUGUUGGUUACGCUCUCCUAGAGAGCUACUCGCGUGUCCUAGAGAGCCUGGCGUAUAGCGUGAUCUCGAGGAUCGAGGACGUGCUGGGUGCGGACGCGGCGGCCACGAACCUGACGGCGAGCGAGGCGGCGCGGAGGCAGCUGGAGAUGAAAGCGCCAAGGAAGCUGGACGCCAGGGAGGAGCUGGAGAAGCUCAACGAGGCGCCGGCGUCCAUGACGCUCUACGACUUCAUGGGAUGGCACUUCGACCAGGACGAGCUCAUGAGGAAGAAGGAGGAGGGCACGCUCGACGAGGCCGGCGAGGCCAUGCUGCUCAAGAAGGCGCCAAGCCUCGCCCCCAAGAAGUUCUCCUACGUGGACAGCCUCGCCGGCGGCGUAAGGAGCCCCUCCGCGCAUCACUGAUCGUACGCCAUUGUCAUCUCGAGGGAGCCAGGCCAGCACAAAUCGAUCAAAGCAACAACGGGAACCAAUCGAUCCAAGAUGGCAUGGCAAUGUACAUAUCUGAGGAAUGCACUUCGUACGUAUGGGAGACAAUCGACAUUGGAGUGCAGAGAUCAUCACCGGCUCUAUCGAUCCAUCGGCCGGACUCGUUCAUCCCUCUCAUCUCAUAUACAGUAGAUCGGAUCGAGCAGUUCUGGAAGACGGGAAAAGGACGAAUGAACAGGAUGGUUUGAUCAGCUACACAUUAUUUUACUCUCCUUGCUCUCCGCCCGACAUGUGCAUUGCUCGGGUUGCUGUUGUACGUACGUGGCUACUGAUUUAUUUUUGUAGGUACUUCUCAUUUACUCCCCGGGGGAGGAGACGCUGAACUCUGUGGUAUGUGUAUAGCCAGCGGGCAAACACAUUGUAUUCAUUGAUUUGAUUUAAUCUAACCAUUUCUAGACUCGGUUUCCC